CCUUUUCGCACAUACGCUCUUUUUUAUUUUACAGUUGUUUCAAUAUCACGCAAAAAUGUGAAUGUGGCAUUGGUCCUGGCAUUUUUGUACAAAUUGGUGGAAGUGUUCGAGGAUUAUUUCAAAGAUGUUGAGGAGGAAUCGAUUCGGGAUAAUUUUGUGGUAAUCUAUGAGCUGCUCGAUGAAAUGAUGGAUUUUGGUUAUCCGCAAACAACGGAAGGAAAAAUUUUACAAGAGUUUAUAACACAAGAGGGCCAUAAGCUAGAGUCGGCACCGCGACCACCAAUGGCUGUAACAAAUGCUGUUUCAUGGCGUUCUGAAGGUCUAAAAUAUCGUAAAAAUGAAGUAUUUUUGGAUGUCAUUGAAUCCGUAAAUUUACUGGUAAGUCACUUAAAAUUACUGGGCCACUCAUUUUGA